AUGAUUAUAACUCCAAAGUUAAAUGUUAGAGGUAAAUUGCAAACUAAUGCAAGCAAUGGCAAUACAAAAGUCUACAUAAAUCUCCGUGAAAUCACAACAAAUGAGUUAAGAUUUCUUAAGUUGACAAAGGUACCAUGCUCUAAGAAUACACAGAUUUGGUUGAAUGAUGAUGGAUCUUAUGAGGAAGAAGGUCAAAACAACAUAAAAGGAAACAUAUGGGGGAAGACAUCUACUCGGUUCUUUUGUUCAUUAUUAUCUUUGCCUGUUCCAUCUGCAAAUCCAGUUUUGCCAAAAGAAGAUCAUUUGGACCAUGGAAAACCUUGUAAAGUUCUACUUAUUGGAUUAGAGGGAUCUGGGACAAGCACAAUCUUCAAGCAGGUCAAGUUUAUGUAUGAUAAAAGGUUCACCUCUGAAGAGUUGCAUAACAUUAAGCUUAUGAUCCAAAGUAACAUGUACAGAUACUUAAGUGUUAUCCUUGAAGGGCGAGAGCGAUUUGAAGAAGAGGCGUUGUCAAAACAACAAAAAGCAACAACUGAAAAUUCUGGUGGAAUAAGUUGGAGAAGAAGUGAGUCGUCGUCGUCAUCAUCAUGUGUUUAUUCCAUAAACCCGAGGUUGAAACAUUACUCUGACUGGUUACUUGGUAUAAUGGCAAAGAGGGAUAUGGAUAUGUUCUUCCUUGCAGCUACACGUGAAUAUGCUCCAGUUAUUGAUGAAAUCUGGAAGGAUAAAGCUAUUCAGGAAACAUAUAAGAGAAGACACGAGCUUCGUAACCUUCCAGAUGUUGCUAAAUACUUCUUGAAUCGCGCUGUUGAAAUAUCGAACAAUGAAUAUGAACCUUCAGAGAUGGACAUGUUUUAUGCGGAAGGAGUCACUCCCAGCCACGGGCUUUCCUCUUUUGAAUUCUCAUUUGAUGACAAAAACAUUGAAAGGUAACACAAUUACUAAGUCUAACAACCGCUCCUCAAGGGUUUUUGUUUCAUAAAAUCUUUAAUAGUUUUACUGCCUAGGUAUCAGUUAAUUCGCCUACACUCUAAAGGACUAGUAACAAAGGGCUGCAAACGGUUACAAAUGUUGGAAGAUGUUGGAAUUAUUGUCUUUUGCGUUUCCCUCAGCGAUUACGAAUACGAAGAUGACGAUUCGGGUUGUCUCCAAAAUAAAAUGAUGGCUAGCCGAGACUUGUUCAUCAGUCUGGUAAAACAGUCUUGUUUCGCCAACACUCCCUUCGUGGUGUUGCUGAACAAAUACGACGUUUUCGAGGAGAAAGUUAACAGGAUUCCUAUAACAGUUUGCGAGUGGUUCAAGGAUUUCAACCCUUUGAAGUCGGGUAACAAAAAUAAUUGUAAUAUUCAGACAGCAAAUCAAGCUUAUUAUCACGUUGCUGUGAAAUUCAAGAAGCUGUUUAGUUAUCUGAGUGGCGGUGGGAAGCUUUUCGUUUGGAGGUGUCGAGGUCGCGAGAGUAAAUCGGUUGACGAGGCGUUUAUGUUUGUAAGGGAAGUCGUGAAAUGGGAUCAAGACAAGAUUAGAUUAGAUUAG